AUGACGUCCAUAGCACGCACCAACGGUGGGGCGGCUACCUCGAAACGCUUCGAGCUCCCCGCGCUCGACUUCAAGUUUACUCCUCUGACUGACGGCACCAACAUCCCACCACCUCUACCGUCCCCAAUUGAGGAGACCCCGCCGCCAGUCGCUGCCGCUCGCGCCGAGACACCAGACACUUCUGCAACUAGCACGGGCACAGUAGACGAGAAGCAGGAGGAACAACAACAAACAUCAACCAGCAUGGCCGGCACGAAAAGGCCAGCCGAGUCGCCCAUAUCCCCCGUUUCGCCAACCAGCUCUGCCCGCCCCGGCAGCAUCCGUCGCCUUUUCAGCAGGAAUCUCCUCAGCCAGUCGUAUGCAGAGAGCGAGGCAGGAGAGCCAGAGAGCCCGGGCCUCAGGCGGCCGCAGAGCCAGGCGAGCUUCCCUACCGACAAGCGACCCAAGCGAUCGAGCGGCUGGUUCAGGCGGUUAAGAGGAGGCAGCAACGGUGACAGCACGACCGAUACGACGGGCUCUAAGCGCGCAACCGUUGGGAGCUACGAGGAUAUUGUCGGCACCAGGAAGACUAGCGGGCCGCCGCCGCCCAUGAUACCCGAGCUGAGCGACCUCGAGGCCAAGGUUGGUCUGAACGAUGGUAGCAGUCUUGGGAAUGACAUGUUUAAACACAUCAAAUAA